AUGCUAUCACAAUUUAUUACAGAGCAAUCUACAUUUUCUUAAGCCAAAAUAACUAAAAUAAAUAAAAGGACCGUUAAGGGUUGGCGCAACAUUUGCAGUCUCAGAUAAUAAAUUUGCAGAAACCUCUAUACUAUAGUAAAUCAAUAAGAAAUAACUUAUGUUUACAAUGGGUCAAUAUUGAGAAUGUAUAAGUUGGUAUCAUUAUUUAGAGAUAAAAAUUAUGAAGGGUAGUAAUAGAUGACAAAUUUUGAAUAAAUCAAUUAUUUAUAUUGGAAAGGAUGUUACGGAAAUAAUAAUUAGAGGGUUGGAUAUUGGAUGGCUACAUGGGACGGAGAGGCUUUGACAGAUGUAGGAGGGCAUUACAAUGAUGAUGGUAGAAAGGAGGGUAAUUGGGUAGAAAUAUUAUCGACAUUUUGUACAUUAUGUAUUAUUUUUGAGUAUUACAUAUUAAAGCUUAAGUUUAUGAAAUAGGAGAGUAUGAGAAUGGCUUAAGAAAAGGAAGAUGGAAAUAUGUCUAUUAAAAUAAAGAGAUGUAAUUAUAAUUCUUAAUUAAAGAGGCGGUGGUGAGUAUUGUUAGUUUGGGGAAAAAAAAGGACAUUGGAAAGAACUAUAAAAAGGAUUUCAGAAUUGCUCCUAGGUUUUUUAUCAUGGGGAGUACUAAAGUUCUAAGAAAUUUGGUAGAUGGGAUAUUAGUUGGAUCAACCCUAUAAAUAAUAAGCCAGAAUUGAUGUAAAACUGAAUUUAAAGUUGAUAAUUAGUGGUAGCGAAUCAUAUGAUGAAUAAAGAAAAGGUAUUUAAGUAGGUCCUUAGAUCGAGCUGUCAGAUGAAUUUAAUGUUUAUUCUUAAAUAACUUAUAAUGGCGAAUGUAAAAAUGGGAAAAAAGUUGGUAGAUGGGAUAUUAUGUAUAGGGAGCAUUCAAAUUAUACAUUUAAAUUAAUGUAAGAUUUCUUAUGUAUCUAAAUUCUAUUUAGCGGGGGUGGAUCCUAUGAUGAACUAGGCUAAGGGAUUAAAAUAGGUAAAUGGAUAGAGCUAUUUGACGGAUUUUAUAAUAAUUGCUAGGUCACAUACAAUGGGCAGUAUAAAAGCGGAAAAAAAGUUGGUCGUUGGGAUAUUAUGUUUAGGGAUGAUUCCAAUUAUCCAUUUUAGUUAGUGUAAAAUUAUUAUGUAUUAUAUUUAGCGGAGGUGGAUCAUAUUAUUUAAUAUGUGAGGGAUUUAAACUUGGUAAAUGGAUUGAACUGUCAGAGGGAUUUGAUAAUCAUUCUUAAGUAAUAUAUAUUGGUGAAUAUAAAAAUGGUAAAAAAGUUGGUAGAUGGGAUGUUAUGUUUAGAGAGCAUUCAAAUCAUCAAUUUGAAAUGAUGUAAAAUAAUGUUUCUAAUUUGCCUAGUGGUGGCGGAUCAUUUGAUGAUAAAUGUAAUCAAAUAAAGUAGGGUAGAUGGAUAGAGCUUUCGGAUGAUUUCUAAAAAGAUUCUUCAGUAAUUUACGAUGGUCAAUAUUAAAAUGGUAAAAAGGUAGGUAGAUGGGAUAUUUUGUUGUUGGAUUUCAGAGGAAAAAAAAACCUUUCGAUGUAAAAAGACCAUUAAGAUUAUGUAAUUAAAUUUUUAGUGGUGGUGGUUUAUUUAAUAAGCAAGAUUUUCCUUUAAAAUAGGGUAAAUGGAUUGAGCUGUCAAAUGGAUUUCAACAUGAUUUUUAAUUAACAUUUAUUGGUGACUAUUAAAAUGGGAAAAAAGUUGGGAGAUGGGAUAUUAUGUUUAGGGAGGAUUCAAGUUAUCAAUUUAAAUUGAUGUAAAUUACAGUUACCUACUAUGUUUAGCGGUGGGGGAUCAUAUGGCGAUAAAUGUAAUCAGAUAAAGCAAGGUCAAUGGGUAGAACUAUAGAGUCAACUUUAAUUUUUUUUUAAUAUAAUUUAUUACGGAGAAUUCAAUAAUGGAAUUAAAGUUGGCAGAUGGAAUAUUUAUUAUAAAAACUGUUUUAAGAAUUCAGUUAAUUUUAUGUAAAUUAAUCUAUACUUAGAUAUGCACAGUGGUGGUGGGUCAUAUGACAAAGGUGGAAAAGGGAAAAAAUUAGGUAAAUGGACUUUGCCAUCUCAUACAUUUUGUUAUGGUUAAGAAAUCACUUGGAAAGGAAAAUAUAGAAAUGGAAAAAAAGUUGGUUAGUGGGAUAUUUUCUUUAGAGAUGUUGAUGUUUCUGGAGGUGUUGUAAGUAAUCAAUAUAUGUAAAAAGGAAUUUAACAAUAUUUAUAUUUAUUUAGUGGUGGAGGAAUAUAUGAAAAAAAGGGUGAAGAAGUUAAGGUUGGUUAUUGGAUUGAGUUAUGGGAAGGAUUUGAUUAUUCUCAUAAUGUCAUUUUCAAAGGUGAAUAUAAAAAUGGUAAAAAGGUUGGUAGAUGGAAUAUUUUGCAUCGAGUUUAUCGGGAUUUUCCAUACUAUUAAAUGUUAAAUUGAUAAUAUAUUAAUUUAUUUAUAGUGGAGGUGGAUUUUAUGAUGAUCAAGGGGAUGAAAUUAAGAAUGGUAAAUGGAUUGAAUGGCAGAACGAUUUAAUUAAUAAGACUGAAGUUAUUUAUUAAGGCGAAUACGAAAAUGGGAAAAAAAUUGGGCUUUGGGAUAUUCUCUAUAAAGAUAAUUUAACUCCAUCAACUUGGAAAUAAAUGUUUAACUUAUUAUUUAAUUUAGUGGAGGAGGAUUAUAUGAUGAACGAGGGGAAGGGACAAAGCAUGGUAGAUGGAUAGAUUUGUCUGAAAAGUUUGAUUCACAUUAUUGGGUAACUUUUAAUGGUUAAUAUAAAAAUGAUAAAAAAGUGGGCAGAUGGGAUAUUUGGCAUUGGGAAUGGGUAGCAAGGAAUCUAAAAUUGAUGUAAAUAAUAUUAUAUAAAAUCUGCAUUAAUAUUUAGUGGUGGUGGAGAAUAUGAUGAAAAAUGUGAAGGGAGCAAAAUAGGUAAUUGGAUUGAGUUGUCAGAUGAAUUUUAAUGGUUUAACUAAGUAGUUUCUAAUGGUUAAUAUCACAAUGGUGAGAGAGUUGGGAAAUGGGAAAACAAGAUAAUUCGUAGAAAAGAGACUUGA